GGGCGGCGGGGCGCGCCAGGGGCCCCCGCGGGCGCGGCGCGGGCGAUGAGCCGGGGCCCGGCAUGGCCUCCGCGCGGCCGCCGGGCCGGGCCUGCGCCUCUGCGCCCGCGCCCGCGGGGCUCCGGGCCGGGCCGCCCGCCCUCCCCUCCGCCGCCGCCGCCUCCCCGGAGCCUGCGGGCGGCGCCGAGGCCGAGGAGCGCUCGCUGCAGCAAAUGCUGCGCGCCAUAGCGGAGGAGCGCAGCCUCCUCAGCCUGCGUCGCGAGGUCUGCGGCCUCGGGUGCUUCAAAGAUGACCGCAUUGUCUUCUGGACUUGGAUGUUCUCCACCUACUUCAUGGAGAAAUGGGCACUGCGGCAGGAUGACAUGCUGUUCUACGUGCGCCGGAAGCUGGCACGUGCGGGCAGUGAGAGCAGCUCUGACGGGCGGAAGCCAGCUGAGCCUGAAUCUGCGGCGGAGGUGGAGGUGUACCGGCGGGACUCCAAGAAGCUGCCGGGCCUCGGGGACCCUGACAUUGACUGGGAGGAGAGUGUCUGCCUGAAUCUCAUCCUGCAGAAGCUGGACUACAUGGUGACCUGCGCUGUGUGCACGCGCACUGAUGUGGGGGACAUCCACAUCCACAGGAAGAAAUCCCAGCAAGUAUUCGCAUCCCCCAGCAAACACCCCAUGGACAGCAAGGGGGAGGAGUCCGAGAUCAGCUACCCUGACAUCUUCUUCAUGAUUGACAGCUUCGAGGAGGUGUUUAGCGACAUGACAGUGGGAGAAGGAGAGAUGGUCUGUGUGGAGCUGGUGGCCAGUGACAAGACCAACACAUUCCAGGGGGUCAUCUUUCAGGGCUCCAUCCGCUAUGAAGCGCUUAAGAAGGUGUAUGACAACCGAGUGAGUGUAGCUGCCCGUAUGGCACAGAAGAUGUCAUUUGGCUUCUACAAGUACAACAACAUGGAGUUUGUGCGCAUGAAGGGGCCACAGGGAAAGGGCCAUGCUGAGAUGGCAGUCAGCCGUGUGUCCACAGGUGACACGUCCCCCUGCGGGACUGAAGAGGAUUCCAGCCCAGCUUCACCCAUGCAUGAGCGGGUGACCUCCUUCAGCACCCCCCCAACUCCGGAGCGGAACAACCGGCCUGCCUUCUUCUCCCCGUCCCUCAAAAGGAAGGUGCCCCGGAACAGGAUCACCGAGAUGAAGAAGUCCCACUCUGCCAACGACAGCGAGGAGUUCUUCCGGGAGGACAGCAGUGGAGCCCAUCUGCACAAUGCCACCAACCUGCGGUCUCGGUCCCUGUCUGGCACGGGGCGAUCCCUGGUGGGGUCCUGGCUGAAGCUGAACAGAGCGGAUGGAAAUUUCCUUCUCUAUGCACACUUAACCUACGUCACUUUGCCGCUGCAUCGGAUUCUAACAGACAUCCUGGAAGUACGGCAGAAGCCCAUCCUGAUGACCUAGCCGUGUGCAGAGCCCACGCCGAGCCCCCAGCCCUGCCUGGCCCUGGGAGUGCUGCCAAGUGCCUACCUGUCCACCGCCACCGGGGUCUUCUGUGACAACCCAGCGCCGGAGCUGGAGCCAGGCGGGGCCACUCGACUCCCGGGGCCAGGGCCCACGCCACGAACACCAGCCCAAACUGAAGUGCCUCUUUCUCCUCCCCUGCUGGCUCUGCUCCUGCCCCUGCACCCACCCCCCACCCAUCACCCCCCAGCCCCCCUCUGGAGAGCCCUCUGCACCCAGGGAGGACCAGAGACACCAAGAGGCCGUAAGAGAGAGCACAGGAGCAGCCGAGUCCAGAGUGUGUCCAGACCUACUGACCUGAGGUUCACAUCCCGGCAGGCAGCAGGGGGAAGCCACCUGGUGGGCGGCACUCAGUGUGCCCACCUGUCAGCCCUUCCUUAAGGAAACCUGGUGUAAGGUUUUGUGCUGCUGUACCAGGGAUCUUCAGCAUCCAAGUUAGUCCUGACUCGUUCAUCCCUUUACCCCCAGGGGAUGAAUGGGUCACCACGGGGAGGUGGGAGCAUGGCUCUUUGAUGGUUUUGUCCUGGGCUGGGACUACCUCACCCCAUGCCCGGUUCCAGAAGGGCCUCAAGCUGAGCAGACAGGCCUAAUCCUGCCAGAAUGGCCUUUGCUUCCCGCCAAAGAGCACCACCCACCCAUGCACCUCCAGCUUGGAGACAUCCCGCUCCGCACCUCGGCUGGCACGACCCGUAGGAUCGGACUGUGAGGGCAGGUGGGAAGGCUCGGCAGCCACGUAGAAGACAAAACCUCUGCCAGAGGCAGAUAGACAAUGUGGGGUGGGGUUAGCGUCCUCCCAGGAAGGUUCUCGGUAGGACCCCUAUCCGCUUGGGCUUGGGGAGGGGAUUGGGUGUUCCAUCUCCCCUGGCUUCCUGGAGCUUACUGCCUUUGGCUGAGUGUGCUGGUCCCGUUUCUCAGACCAACUCACUGAGGCGAAGAAGGACUGGCUUCCACACUGUGGCCUAGUCGGUCUGUGGAGGCCUGUCCAGCCACAUGCCUGCGGCGGCUUUGUCCCCACUGGGAUUUCCAUCUGUGAGGACACGUGCUCUUCUCAAGAGCAGAAGUGUUUCCCCUACCCACUGGGAACAAACAGGAAGCUGGGUCACUAUUGCUAUGUUCUGUUUGAAGUCCCCAGGAAUAUUUGAAGUGUUUCUGUUGUGCAUUUAGAGAUCCUCUUUGAGGGGAGAGAAGGAAUUGGAGGGCUUGUUCCCCAUCUGGUUUUAUUCUGUGUGCUCCAAGGGUCUGUGCUGGGCUCUGGGGACAGGGGACUACUUUGGGGCUUUCUCUAGAUUUUGUAUGCUAUUAUUAAAAGCGAGCUAUUGCAUUUCAUUCUGCCUCAGUUUGCCCACCUCUAAAAUGGGGCUGAUACCACCUACCUCACUGAAGUCUCCAGGGUUCCCGUGCACGGCCGGGUCAGGGUACGCUCUCCAGCCAUUCUCCAGAGCUUGGGUCGGGAGUUAGACUGUUGGGGUGUUUACCGACCCCAGUCACCCAGUCCAAAAAGACGUGUGCCAGGGUUAGUUUGAACGUUCUCAGAUUCUCCAGCAGCGCCCAGCAGCUUGUGCUCAGCUGUAUCUCAGCCCUCUGCAUGAUGUCACCUGCCAGAGCAGUGUCUUAGGGCAGCACAGAGUCAGAUCUUACCCCAGAGCGUUGGAGCAGAGCCUCAGGGAGCUGUGUGCAUUUGCGUGUUCUCCCGGGAGCCGGACGCUGCCCCCAGGUCUGUCUGAAGGUGGCUAAAGCACACAGCUUUUUCUCCAGAACUUUUUUCCUCUGGUCGUCUGGGGUCUGCAGACUCUGGAACGCAGGGUGGGAGGCAUGGAGCGCGACAUGUCUUCCAAGGAAGGAUGGGAGCUUCGCGGGCCUUCCUCUGCUGUGUGGUGGGGGCACGAGGGCCUCCUCACUGGAGCCAGAGCCCGGCCACGCGCUGGGGCCCAGCCACCGCUCCUGCCAGGGUGCUGCGUGAGUCAGGCUCCUUCUCUGAGAAGACAUGCCUACGUUCUGCCAAUCUCGCGGGGUCACUGAGGGCCAAUAGCAGUAGCGUGUGAAGGUGUAGAUCUGUGUGCUCCAGUGGUACUUCAGAGACCACCGCAGCCUUGUGACGCACGUAACCGCUGCACAUGGUGGCCUGGUGGUGGGUAUUCAGCACCUUGGCAGCACCUAGGACGUGCAGGCCCUGUGCUAAAUGUUUGGGUCCUGUCGUCCUCUCCAUCUUACAGGUGAGGAGACUGGAUGGCAGGCAGUGACAGCAGGCAUCUGGCCCAGCCCCUGGCCCCAGGCCCCAGCCCCCGGAGCCAUGGCGAUGUGCUGUUCCCCUGGGCAAGUGUCGAGUGGAGUCGACCUUUCUCAGUCUUUAAGUCCUCGCAAGGGUACUUCUGAUACUGAUUUUAAGCCAUGCCUAGAGGCACUUGGUAACUAGACAGCUGUUACCCUGACGUUGAGGUUGGUUUUUUCAAAGUGACAGAUGACAUCAGUAACACAUGACAGCCGGGACCAGGGUCCUGCUGCGUCCUGGUGUUGCUGCAGUUUUACUUUCUGUAAUUUUUCUGGGAGCAUGCCUGUCUCAUAUAAUGCAGGGAUGGCCAAAGCAUGCAUAUGUUUCUUAUGUGGGAACUUGAAUUAAGUAGUUUUCCUUUGAAGAAACUGAGGUGUCACAUUUUUGGACAUUAAUAAGAAAGUUAUCUUUUUUCUUUUUCUUUUUCUUUUUUUAAGAAAUGUCAUGGUCCUAGAGGCUGAUGAGUGGCGCAUCGUGUCCAUUCCCAUCUCUUUUCAGCCCCUGGAAGUUCCAGUAGUGUCCCUCCCGUGUUCUGAUGCCUUCUGGGAAUACCCAGUCACCUGUAAAAACAGGCAAAGCAAGUUAUCUUGAAGGAGAAUAUUAUUUAAAACAUAGGUAAUAGAGGAGUGGUCAAAAGAACAAAGAGAAGCAAGCUUCUCUAUGGUCCAGUCAGCUUGGAGAUGGGGCGGGAUUUCCGUGAGUCACAUGCUGGCUGACUUUGGACUCUUCAGCAACUCUGAACAAACGGGAAGUCAGGUUUCUAGAUACAUGAAAUAAUGACAGUAAUGGCAUAAAGGGAUGCUCCUAACAAGAUUUUUUUCAAAAGAAUCUAGCUAGACUCAAAAAGGGAUCUUUUUUUGAUGUUUAAUCACAAAUAGACUAAUUAGUAGACUAGUGGAAGAAUGAAGUAAAAACUUUUUUUCCCAUUAAAAGACAUUCCAGGGGGAAGGCCUUCUGCAGUUGGUAUGUUCUGACUGACUUGGAACAUUCAUUUGACAGUGUCAUAAUCUAGUGGUUUUAAAUCAUUGGCCAAAAUUCUUGGAAGACUUAACAUAUUAAAAAUCUGCCAACUUUCUUAUGAGCCCUAAGAGGUUUCACUUCGGUAUAUAAUCUGUUCAGUUUUUCUGUAUAUUUUUUGUGCGGUUGGUAUAUAUUCUGUUCAGUUUAGUUGCAAUUUACUUUCGUAUCAUUUUAAAAACCAAGUAUCUUUUGACAUUACAUUGGUCCUUCCUGUCCAGGCUUCCUUAUCUUGGUUUCAGAAAGCGGAGUCCUAUUUAAAAAAUAAUGUCCCUUAAAGACUCUAAGGGAUGGAAAUACAAGUGCCGGCCCACGGGUGAAACUUGAACAGAAGUAGCCCAUGCAGGUGUCGCCCGCCACCUCAGCUGGUGACCCCGCGGUCUGUGAGGGGUUCUAACCUUUGUUCCAUUUCACUGAUGGCCAUGGCCCUGACAUGACCCUCAGUGGAAAAGGAACCCUCUGGCCCUUCCUCUGGGCCCCUGGGCCACACAGCCUGGAGAGCUCCUUGGGGCACCACACACCCGGGAGCCGGACCACUUGAACACCGGGUGGCCUGGGGGUUGGGUUCAGAGUUCACGCGGGUGGACCUCAGAAAGGGAGGAAUCCCCCAGACGUGCGGAAGGAGUUCGUGUUUACAGUUUUCUACUAUUCCCAAGGCACGAUGGCAUUUUCAUUGCGCAGUGCCAGCUCGUGCUGAGUGGGUCAGAAGUGACACGGCGCUCCAGGCCUGCUGAGCGGCCCUUGCCCCCUCUUCCUUCUCCCCUUUACCUUCUGUGCCCCACUCUGGAGAAGGUCUGCCAGUCUUAGAUGUGAACAGCAAUCUUUUAUGGUUCCAAACGAAUUCUAUGUAUGAGAAUAAAUCUGCAAAGAAAACCUGUUUAGAGGUUUCAGUACUUAGAGGCUCAACUGAAGAAAUUUCUGCAAAAUACAAUCUAGCAAAAACACCAUGAUGGCAUACAUUGAAUAUAUUAGGGUCCAGACGUCAGUGAUGUUUCCAUGAAUAUUAGCAGCUUCUGGAUGAACCGUCUUCCACAGGCAGCAGAAUUCAUUUCUCAGCAGUAUUUGUGUUUGGCUGUUAGCUCAGCUUUGAUUUUGCCUUUCAAAAGUUGAUUUGCAUGUUGGAUAUUAAAUUUGUUUUUAUUGUUUUCCUCUAA